GCCAAUUGAAGUUUAUUUAUGAAGAAAUUAAACCUUGUGAAAGCAAAAGAAACCAAGUUGGAAUUUUUUUUUUUUUUUUUUUUUGGGUAAAUAACCAAGUUGGAUCUUAGUUUAUGUGAGUGUCCUUUAUUUGGUUGUCAUGCUAAGGUGUGAAAUGAUAGCAUGCAAUGAACAUAGGUUGGAAUAAUUAAACAAGUAAACCCCACUUGACCAAAUUGCAUGGAGGUUCAAUGAAUUGUUGUCACCAUCAUUCAGCUUCUUUUUAUUUUGGUGAAGUAGGACCACUCAACCUUUUUUUUUUUUUUUUUGUUAAAAGGGUAAGGACCACUCAACCUUACUUAUAUACAUACCUCUGUUUUUCUCUGACUUUUUUAACUGUACGUCCAUCACCCCUUACAAUUGAAGUUCACUGAAUUUGCUUCUUCCUUGUAUAUAUAUAUAUAUAUACACAGACCCUUUCCUCUUCAAUCCCCAAAUCAUCUCUCUCUAUAGAAAAAUGAUGGUGCCUAGUUUCACAGAAGAAGUCUACCUAUCUUUUGCAAUAUCAGUAGUUGUGAUUUGCUAUAUUUUCCUGGUGUUCUUGGAGUCUCCAUGGAGCAAUGGAAUUUCUUGGUUGCCUCAAGAUUGCUGUUUUCCGUCGUCACAGAGAGAAUGGCAUCAGGGAGGGGUUGAUUCUAAACAUAUCAACUAAACUAUGCAAUGCAUAUAUGAAACCACCUAUUUAUCUUUUUGUGCUGUGUGAUCGAAAAGCAGAUCAUUCUCAAUAUUGAUUACUUUUUAUUUCUGUUAACAUCUUAGUUUUGAUUUAAUAAGAAGAGUUCAUAUUAAUUAGUUUAUUACCUUGGUAUUCACUACUCAAAACCGCCUUUACUUGAAAGAAACUGUUUGUGUAUGUUUACUCACAUUCUCAGUAUGCAUGAUAUCUAUAUAUAUAUGUAUAUAUAUUCUUCACCUCUAGAUAUACUUGACAACUCCCUCCUACAGCAGGAAAGUGAUGUUUUGAUUGUAAAUAUUGAAAAGAAUUGAUCAAACCCAAAUUUCUGAAACAUGGUUUCUUAGGAGCUGCGUAUUGUGCUUUUUGUGGCCAAUGCAUAGAAGAUCAUAAUCACAUGGUGUUCAAUUGUCAUUUUCCCUCCAGAAUUUGGCUUCAUAUCAGUGCCAAAUGUGGUUAUUUUGUGUCAUAUUCAUCUUGGGAUUCUUGGAUGGAGUGGACUUCAACUUACUUCAAACUGCAGAUCCUCUGAGAAUUCUGUUCGAUUAAGGGAUCACCGGUUUUAGAGAUAUUCCUCCUACUGAUAGCAACAGAUUUGUUUCCGCGUAAAAUAUUUUUCUUUUUCAAGAAAAACAUAUAUUUUAAAAUUUUUAUUUUCCUAAAAAUAUUUUACUGACAUUUUCAACAAUCAUUGAAUUUCAAAGUCCUCUUCUUUUUUAUUAUGGUCUUCCAUGAUGUUUUGGAGAUUUUCUAUCAUUGAGCUAAAGCCUUUAUUGAAUUUCUUUGUCAAGCUAGUUGCUUGGUCUUCAGCCCUUCCUUGCUCUCCAUUCCAUCUCAAUAUGCAGACUUUGUGGUGCAGAGAAGUUCAUCUAGUUAUAUGGAAUUUUCUGAAGAAUUGUCUCCUUACUGUUUGUAUUUAUAGGAAUAUAUAUAUAUAUUUUUUUUAGAGUUUUGAUGAUGGUCUCUGUAUUUUGACUCCCUUUCGUGCCCUCUGUAUUUUCAUCUGCUUCACCUUUUCCUUUUUACCACAGAGGAUGGAUGUGAACAAAUGACCUCUACCAUAAUGGUAUAACAUUUUCAUCUUCAAAAGAAGGGUGGGAUUCGAGUCCAACAAAAAUGUACAUAAACAAAAUUGUAUGUGAGUAUUGACCGAUUAAAAAAAAAAUAACAAUAUAAGAUAAAAGACAUCAAUCAUAUAAAGUAAUGCUAAACUUGAGGAUGUUUUUUCAUUUCACACGCCUUCAAUCACCCAGAAUUCUUAACAAUUAGUGAUAAAUAUAGAAUCUGUUCAAUGAGACACAUCAAUGUUUAGUGACAGUGGGAGCUUUUAUUAUUUUCCUCAUACAGAUGUAAACACUGGACGGUGGACCACACGAGUAAAUUUGAAGAAGGUAAUAAAUGAAAAUAAUACUAAUAAGUGUGAUUUUCUAAGUAUACAGAGGGAGAAUAAUUUGCAAUAAUAGUAGUACAGUAAUAAAUGAAAAUAAUAAAUAAUCAUUAUAUAUAUAUAUAACUUGGACAAGCCCUUUAUAAUAAUAAUAAUAAUAUUACUACUUUUAUAACAAUAAUGCUACCGAACUAGCAAAUGCCACGUACUUAUAGAGGGCAGGGCGCGGGAAAUUCCAUUCAGGUAUCUUUUCUGCAUAGAAAGGUGCUCUGCAAUAAGGCGCUUGGUUCCAUGACCCUCUCUUCUUUCUCUCUCUAGGGUUUUGAGUCAGAAACAGGAAACAUAUAUAUAUAUAUAUAUAUCCUUCUCUCUCUCUUUCUGAGAUCAUCUCACAAUCAAUGUUGCCUAGCUAGUACUUGAAGUUUCUUCUCUCGAUCCAAUGCCAGCAAAUCAAAAGUGAUUGGGAGUGAAAUAUCCGGCAGUAUGGGACUCAAUGGAAGAGAUAGCUCUUGCAAUUUUGUAAAAGUGGCGGCCUCUUCGUCCGUGGUGAACAAGAAAAAGAAAAAUUAUUAUUCUGAUACUAGGGAAGAUAAGCUUUGUACACCAAACUCAACUGCUAGUCAAAAUGCAUCCAUCAGAUUACGAAUUCGUGAGAUGGGUCCUUUAUGUAAAGCCAGGAAGAAGAAGGCUGCUCAAAAUUUAGCCCACUCUAGAAAAGACGAUGAAGAAGAUGGUGAAUUUGCAAAGCAGUUUGGGAAGGAAGGAAUAUGGCCUGAUGAUGACAAGUGCAUGUGGUUAUCUUCAGGUAGUAUGUCCCCUUCAUCUUGUUUUGAUGACUACAGAUUCUCCACUUUUUUAGACCUUUCACUUGAUGAAUGGUUAGUUUCUUUGCUAUCAAUAUCGGCAAAUUCUGGCGUAUUUUUAGGUAGCACAGUUUCUUUCUAUGAUGGUUCAAGAGUAAAUCCAAUAGAAGAGGCAUUUUUGCUUCUUGAGAGGACAUCGUUUGAUGAAGAUAGGACUUUGCAAGAAGACUUGAAUGAAGAAGAGGUAGUCACUUGGCUGGUGAGUUCAAUAGGGAAUGACCUAACUGAUUCUUCUGUUAUGAGUAAGGAGUCCUCUAGCGGCCAGUCCCUUGAAUACUUCUCUAGUUGUGAUGAUUCUUCGUCUCCGUUUAGCACCAAUUUUGAUUCUCCUUCUCGUAUUUGGGAUUCUGAUAGAACAGAUUUUUGGAUCUCUUUAGUCAAUCUUGACGAGGAUGUUGAGUGGAUUUCAGAUAGAGAGUCAAAGUCGGAUCAUUUCCAAGCUGAUUUUCCUAGUGCGUCUCUCGAGAGCAGUUCGGGUUCUGAAGUUCAAUUCUCUAGUUACAGUAAUCCUUCACACACUGAUAUCUACCAUGAAAAAUCACAAUCCAUUGCAUCAUCUGAUUGUGUUGUAGAUUCUGUGGGUUUUGAAGAUCUAGAUAGUGAUGAACCACUCUUCUGGCCAAUGGACGGAGAAUCUGAUUGGGGUUCGGAGGUGACAUGUGAUUUCUUGAUCAUGUCACCUCGUAAGACCAAGCAAAAUGUUGGAACUCCUGAGAGGACCUCUUCCAAAUCGUUUAGAUUAAAACUGCACAAUAGAAAGUGGAAUUCAGAGGAAGGCUGUAGACGAAGGCUUGUGGUCGGCUCAGGAUCAACAUCCUCAAAGAUACUAGAGUUGAACUGCACAAACGGCAACAAGGACUAUAGGAGAGUCAACACCAUGCCUUCGAGGUUGAGUAAAUGGACAAAAAAUUCCAUGAAGGUUGUUCCUCUGGACAUGGAAGAAGAUAUCACAGAACCUACAGACAAGAAUGUCCUCAUUGAGAAGCCAGCAGACAAGUUCAGGAGUUUCUUGGAGGGCGAUUUUUCAUCGAAUGAACAACUUCCAAUCGAGAAAUUGUUGGGGCUUGAUGAAUUCGAUGGUCAGGAGGGGAUAGAGUCGGAAUUUAACAAAGAUGAUUUCUCUCUAGGCAGGUCUCUUUGACAAUCCAAGCUUUGUAUUAUUGUCUUUUAUUAUGCAGGGAUGAGAAUGGUCACAGAACUGUUCAAAUUUCUGCAGAGAUGUUUUUUGUUAACAUGGUUGUAAAUUUAUAUUUGUACAACGUUGCAACUCUCUUUUCUGUUCACACAGUUUUCUGCAGCUAUAUAUAUAUA